AUGGCCAGAGAGUUUAAGUUCAACGAAGCAUUCUUGAAAAAGAUUCCACUAAAUGCUCUAUCGAACAACAUUCUCGUCGGCGAAGUGGAUUUUCUCUCAGCGCCCAUCUCCGGCUUUGUUCGCNCAUUCUUGAAAAAGAUUCCACUAAAUGCUCUAUCGAACAACAUUCUCGUCGGCGAAGUGGAUUUUCUCUCAGCGCCCAUCUCCGGCUUUGUUCGCCUGCACUCGCCCUGUCAGCUGGGUGACAUCACCGAGGUGUCCGUUCCGACCAAGUUUAUCUACAUCUACCUAGGGCCGAAACCCAUUCCUCCCUCGACCAGCUACGUUCAGAUUGGCCGUGCUCUGGCCACGCUCAUGUCCGACUCGGUGUUCCGCUCAGUGGCGCUGCGGACGCAGAGCAUCGACUCGCUGAUUGUCGCCAUUGAUGAGUUCCUCGCCGAGGCGCCCAUUCUCCCGCCCAACCUGUGGGACCCUGCGACGCGCAUUGAGCCACCGGAGCAGACGCCCAAGUCUGAUGCUCGAAAGAGCUACCACAACUCGCAGAAUCUUGACUCGGAAGAUGAGGAGGAAGUGGAGCGCGAAAAGAUGGGCUUAGUUCGCACUGGAAGACUUUUUGGCGGCUUAAUAGGCGACAUCAAGCGGAAGUUGCCUCACUACAAGUCAGACUUUACUGAUGCCUUUGCCCUGCAGUCCAUUGCCUCCAUCAUCUUUCUCUACUUUGCCUGUCUCACGCCCAUUAUCACCUUUGGUGGCCUCCUCGGCGAUGCUACCGGAAACAAUAUCGCCACUAUGGAGAGUCUAGUGUGCGGUGCACUGUGCGGAAUCCUGUACGGCUUUUUCAGCGGGCAACCGCUGACGAUUCUCGGCAGUACCGGUCCGGUCUUGGUAUUUGAGACUAUAGUCUACGACUUCUGCACUACCAACAACUACAACUACCUUUCCCUGCGGUUCUGGAUCGGUAUGUGGAUUGCCCUCAUUCUGCUCAUCUUCGUCGCCACUGAUUUGAGCUACCUGGUCUGCUACAUUACGCGCUUCACUGAGGAGAAUUUCGCCUCACUCAUUUCGGUAAUUUUCAUCUACAAGGCUAUUGAAAAGGUUAUUGCCAUCGACCAUUACUACCCAAUGAACACUGAACCGAAUAAGGAACUGAACUACGAGUGCUCGUGCAAACUUCCCAAUCUGACAAAUGCCAUUGUCAUUCAGCGUGAUCAGUCCAACCAGACGGCAAUGGAGUACUGUCUGCAGCACGGCGGCAUUCUCUUUGGCCGUGGUUGUACCACGCCAAACUACAUUCCCGAUGUGUUUCUCUUUUCUUUUAUUUUGUUCAUCUUUACUUAUAUAAUAUCAGUGAAGCUGAAGGACUUUCGACAGACGCGCUUCCUGGGCGCCAAAACGCGCGAGUACAUUUCCGACUUUUCAGUGCCCAUUGCCAUUACCGUCAUGACGGUAAUUGAUGGCCUGGUUGGCAUCGGAACGCCUAAACUGCAAGUGCCUAGCAAUUUUGAGCCCACUCUGCCAGACCGAGUUUGGAUUGUGCACCCCUUCGUGCCGGAAAACCCCGUUUGGAUGCCCAUCGCGGCCGUCCUGCCGGCCAUUCUCGGCACCAUUCUCAUCUUUAUGGACCAGCAGAUCACCGCCGUCAUUGUGAACCGCAAGGAGAACAAGCUGAAGAAGGGCUGCGGCUACCACCUGGACCUCUUCGUUCUCUGCAUUCUCAUCGCCAUCUGCUCCGUCUUCGGGCUGCCCUGGUUCGUCGCCGCCACUGUUCUCUCCAUAACGCACGUCAACUCGCUGACGGUCCACUCGGAGAGCGCCGCCCCCGGUGAUAAGCCCAAGUUUCUGGGCGUUCGUGAGCAGCGGGUGACGCAGAUUAUCAUCUUCGUACUCUGCGGACUGUCCAUCUUCUUCACGCCCAUUCUGCAGCACAUCCCAAUGCCCGUUCUCUAUGGUGUCUUUCUCUACAUGGGCAUUUCUUCACUCAAAGGAUCUCAGCUUAUCAAUCGUAUUCUAAUCGUAUUCAUGCCUUCAAAGUACCAACCUGACUACAUGUUCCUCCGUCAAGUCAACAUCGGUCGGGUGCAUCUGUUUACCGCCAUUCAGUUUAUUUGCUUUGUAUUCCUGUGGGUAGUCAAAUCCGUGAAGCCCAUUUCUAUUCUAUUUCCCCUGAUGCUUGUCGUCAUUCUGGGCGUUCGCUGGUCUCUGAACUGCUGCUUUAGCACGCAAGAGCUGAAAAUUCUGGACGACAACUUGCCUGAAUCCAAAAGAAAGAAAAAGGAACGAGCAAAGGCAAAGUUGUCAGCAACAAAGAAGAGAAUCACAGAAAAGGACAACAAAACACAUUAA